AUGUUAGACUUUUCGUUAACGGAAUGUAUGAUUGUGUGUAGCAGCGUUCUUCUCAUAAUUUUAUUUUUGAAUGACAUUUGGAACUGGACACAAUUAUUCUCAUGUACGGAGAACCGAACGGAUUAUGUGGAUUACCGUACACCCGCUUUCUCAUUUGGAUACGCUCAUCAGAACGGUCCUCAUACUUGGAAGGACUUAUAUCCCGCAAGCACCGGUAGCAAUCAAUCGCCAAUCAAUAUUAUCACCAGGCUCGCUGUAGUGAUGCAACCAUCUGAACCACUUCUAUGGAGCAAUUAUAAUAACGGACCUUUAUCGAUGACUAUCGCAAACAGUGGUCAUACUGUGAUAUUCCAAGGAUCUUGGACCAGUACUACGUGGCCGCAGCUUAAAGGAGGACCUUUGACCGAUACAUAUGAUUUCUCUCAUGUUCUCUUCCACUGGGGUCCGUCAAACGAAGAAGGCAGUGAACACACAUUAGAUUAUGUUCGUUAUCCUAUGGAGCUACAAAUUGUUCAUAGAAAACGUGGAAUUAAAUCAUUGUUGGAGGCAAUUGCUCUCGGAGCGAAAGACGGACUAGCGAUUGUUUCAUUUUUCCUUCAAAUAAAUUAUGCGGAUAAUCCUUAUUUGGAUCACAUUGUGAGCAAUUUGUGGCGCAUUACCUCACCAGGAUCGAUAGUCUGCAUACCUCCUUUUCCAUUGGAAUGGAUUUUUUCACCUUUCGACAGAGAUUACUAUACAUACAAUGGUUCUCUCAGUCAACCUCCUUGUAAUGAAAUUGUUACAUGGAUCGUUCAGCAAGAACCAAUCGCCAUAUCCACAUCGCAGGUGGAACAAUUUCGAAAACUAUGUUCAAUAGAUUACCAACCGUUACUUCUUAAUUGUCGACCAGUUCAAUCGCUAAAUGAUCGUGAUGUUUACUUUUAUGAAGAAAGUGUAUCAUAAUUUUUUAACCCACAUUUAUUUUAUGAAAAUAUUCAUCCUUAAGCACAUAUGAAAAUCUUAUUCCUUUAUUUUUGCGUUCAUUUCAGUAAAUAUAUGUGCAAUUAUAUAAAAUAAUAAAUUC